GCUUAAUUAGAGCAAAGCUUGUGCUUUGUCUCUAGAAUAUUGUGAGAAGGUUAAAAUGGUGGAAAAGGACUGGCAAAAUUCGUCUCUUUCUGCGGAUAUUCACGACGUUUUGCGCGAGAAAGAAGCACGACUUCCGAACUUCAUGGCUGCCUCGCCACAGUUAAAUCUACGUCGAUUUCUAGUUGACUGGCUAGCGAUAGUCACAGAGAAAAUAGGUUCUUCACAUGGAGUGCUUCAUUUAGCAGUUUACUAUAUGGAUUUCUUUAUGGACAAGUUUAUAGUUCAAGAGUCUCAGCUACAUCUUUUAGCACUCUCUUGCCUUCUGCUAGCAGCCAAAUUUGAAGAGAAUGAAGACAAAAUUCCCACACUUUCUACAUUAAAUAAAUUUGCCAAUGAUGUUUUCAAACAAACUGAAUUCCACCAAAUGGAACUGCUAUUGCUUGAUUUCUUCAAGUGGAAUGUUGAUUUGCCUACGCCAGUGCACUUUAUGGAGUACUAUCUAAGCAGAGCACUCAUAGACCUUGACAACCAGGAAAAGACUGUAUCAGAUGACAUGCCRAGAAUUGGUACUUACAUGAGAAAAUAUGUACACUAUUUCCUGGAAAUCUCUCUACAAGAUCAUACAUUUCUUUCCUUUCUGCCAUCUUUAACGACAGCUUCUGCAAUAGCCGCAACAAGAAUUUCACUAAAYCUUUCGCCUUCUUGGACAACUUACUUGGAGAAAGUUACUAAGUACACAUGGGAAAAGAUCCUACCAUGUACAGAAAUCAUGCUAAGGGCCCAUGAAGCUGACAAGAAAGCACAACAAAAAAGCAAAAAUGCAAAAGGAUAAACUUUACAAUGCCCUC